AACAAUGUCUGUUAGGGUUAAUGUUGCCCAUGCGCACUAAACGUUGUGAGCGUGAAACCAAGUGCUAAAGUUCAACAACAUGGGGAAGUUAGCGGUACUCUCGCUUGUUGCUGUAGCCAUUUCAGUUUUGAUCGGUGAAAGACUCAUAACUUUAAGGCACUUGACACUUUCUUCUAGAGCACUAACUCAGAACUACCUGCCCAACUGCCACCUAAUAGAGGGCAUAGAGUUUGGGGCUGAAGAUAUCACCAUACUUGAAGAUGGAUUGGCCUUUCUGAGCACUGGCUUGAAGUUUCCAGGAUUACCCUCUUAUUCAGAUGAUCCUGGAAAGAUCUAUACUCUAGAUCUCUUGGAUUCUGGACAAAAUAUUCAAGCACUGAGCAUCAAGGGAGAAUUUGAUGAAGAUUCUUUCAAUCCACAUGGAAUAAGCGUGUACACAGAUGACAAAGAUGGUGCCAUAUAUGUAUUUGUUGUAAAUCAUCCUCAAGGAAAAAGUCAGGUGGAGAUUUUCAGAUUUGUUGAAGAGGAAAACUCUCUUCAAUACAUCAAGACCAUUAAACACGAUCUGCUGAGAAGCGUGAAUGACAUUGUAGCUGUGGGUACCGAACGCUUUUACGCCACCAACGAUCAUUACUUCACUAAUGGGUUUUUGAAGUUUUUGGAGCCAUUUCUCACUUUGGCCUGGUGUGAUGUCAUCUACUACAGUCCUGACACAGUGCAGGUUGUGGCAGGGGGCUUCCUUUCUGCCAAUGGCAUAAAUAUUUCCCCUGACAAAAGGCAUUUAUAUGUAUCAGAUGUAAUGAACCAUAAAAUUGUUGUCUUGGAAAUACAGAAAAACACUAUACUGUCCCGUUUAAAGGAAGUUGAUGUAGGGUCACUAUGUGACAACAUUGAGGUGGAUCGCAAAACUGGUGAUCUAUGGCUGGGCUCCCACCCAAAUGGUCUUAAAUUUUUACUUAGUGAUCCCAAUGAUCCGCCUGGUUCUGAGGUCAUCAAGAUUCAGGACAUCCUUUCCGAAAACCCACAGGUGACUCAGGUAUAUGCAGAUAAUGGCAGUGUGAUCAUUGGUUCUUCUGUGGCAGCUCGAUAUGGAGGAAAAUUACUUAUUGGAACAGUUUAUCAGAAAGCUCUGAUCUGUGACCUCGAGUAGGUAAAAUACUUGGGGUGGUUGAAUAAAGCUUGAUGUUUUGUGUUUGAAAA